CCGCCGCCGCCGCCACCGCCUACGCCUCAACAAACCCAGCCUUCUCCUUGAAAAUACAGCAGCAACAUGACGCCUCCACCCUCCUUUGCUUAGGUUCCCUUCCGUUGCUGCAUUCGCUUGUUUUUCUUCUUCAGGGGAAGAAAAGGUGACCGGACUCGACGAGCGCGCCGGCAUCCGAGCCAGAAAGAGUGCUGCACAUGGCUUCCAAGUUUCAGCUCCUGCCCUUCUGUGCCGUUGCAGUUGUUGUCGCUUCGCUCUUCCACCCCUGUGCAUCCGCUGAGUUUCACCGUGAGCUCUCCAGCUGGUCCGGUGGCAUCGCGACAUGGUAUGGUGAUGCUAAUGGCGCGGGAAGUGAAGGUGGUGCAUGUGGGUACCAGUAUGCUGUUGACCAGCCACCGUUCUCAUCCAUGAUUGCCGCAGGCAGCCCCUUCAUCUACGAUUCUGGCGAUGGCUGCGGUUCGUGCUACCGGGUGGUGUGCGGUGGCAAUGAAGCUUGCUCUGGUAUUCCGGUGACUGUCGUCAUCACAGAUCAGGGGCCUGGUGGCCCUUGCCUUAGCGAACUAGUUGACGGCCAGUGCCAGAAUGAGGCUGCCCACUUCGACAUGAGCGGGACUGCAUUCGGUGCCAUGGCAAAGCCUGGCCAGGCUGACCAACUCCGCGGUGCUGGCCUCCUCCAAAUCCAGUACACCCGGGUGCAGUGUGAGUGGACUGGAGUAGACUUAACCUUCAAAGUAGACGCCGGCUCAAACCCAAACUACCUGGCCGUGCUUGUUGAGUAUGAGGACAGCGAGAGCGACCUCUCGGCCGUCGACCUCGCGCAGAGCGGAGGUUAUGGGGCAACAUCAGCGUGGAUCCCAAUGCAGCAGUCCUGGGGCGCAGUGUGGAAGCUCAACUCCGGUUCCACCCUCCAUGGGCCGUUCUCCAUCCGCCUGACGUUCAGGUCCGGCAGGAUGCUCGUCGCCAGCAAUGCCAUACCUGCUGGGUGGAACCCUGGUGUGGCGUACCGGCCAGGCGGCGUGGCGGUGAGGGCGAGCGGUGGCCGCCGGGGCUACAGGUCGGAAGGAAGAUUGAGCGCGCUGUAUCGCCUUCUGCUGGUGCUUGUUGUAUUCCUCCAGUUGUGAUGUCAUGUGAACCUGGUGGUUGUCUGAGUGAGUGAGACUGGUCAUCGAUUAACCGGACGGAUUUUUU